UAAAUUAUAUUGGGAAGAAGGAGCAGGAGACCAGAGAAUUUCUCCCAAAUUCGAAAUGGUGAAAGAGAUCGAAACUCUGUCAGAAGAUGAAAGACGCGCACUUCGUGGAAGCAAGUUCGCCCCUCUUCCCCGCCCUUCCAAUUCCAAACCCAGGUUGGCUCAUCCUGGUGGACCUUUGGCGACGAAUAAAGCAGCGGCUUUGGCGAAGUUUCUGGAGAGAAAGCUGAAGGACCCAAAUGGAUUGGCAUCUAUUAACCCUGAUCUUCUUGAACUUGCCGUUAAUAAUGCUAAACAAACUGUCUAUGCAAGUACUUCCAAUUCGGGAAGAAGUGUUCGACAUGUGGACUCCUUUGGUGAUUCUGAUUCUAAGGAUUCUAGUGAAGAACAACAGAAUGAAAUAUCUGAGGUAAAGGAAUUCAGUAAAAAGAAGAAAAAGAAGGAGAAAAAGAAGAAAGAGAAAAAGAGGAACAAAAAGCAAAAGAAUGCAGAGGACCUAGAAUAUGCUGUGGCGAAAAAGCCUAAACAGAAAUUUAAAUUCUGAUCUUAUUUAUAGUAGCAGAUUUUUGAAAUAGAGGAUUGGGGCCAAAAAUUUUAGCCACGGUUUCUUUCCUCGCUCAAAUUGGCUAGUUACAUGUAACAUGGAUUCAUAGAUGCGCUGUUGUGCUUGUGCUGGAGCUUUCGAUUCAAUUGACCUUUCCACUAGCUACAACAUAGAUUAUGAACCUUUAUAUAUAUAUAUAUAUAUAUAUAAUUUUUUGUUAGAUUCUUUCGGGGUGUGAAGUUAAUAUUAUUUGUAUUGUCUUUUCUUUUUAUUUUAUCCCUCGAUUGUUUUAUUUAUUUUAGUUUGGUGAAAAGAAAAAAAAAACUAGUUUUUUUUUCCUUCACCUAUACACUAGUUCUUGUGGGAUGUGCAAGAAGCAUUUUUAGCUAUAAACAUGCUAAAACAGAAUCUGGUUCAGUAAUAUAAAUGAUUGGGAUGUCU